AUGUCUUCCUCUGAACCUGCCCCCGCAUCCACAACCCCUGAAAAUGCGGCCCCGGAGCUGGAUGUCACCAAGCUACAUGCACUCCCCUCCGAACAGCAGGACCUCUACCUGCUUACCUUCACCUCUGAUCUCGUGCAGUUUAUAUGUGGACUCGAUUCGGCACAGCUUUCAGCACAGCAGAAAUCCCUGAAAAAGGAGCUGUUCAAAAUCUUGACCCUUACCUCUCCCACCAUUACAAGAGUCCUCCGCAACAACCUGGGACGAUGUUUCGGUACUAUCCUCGCGAAAGGGGAUCGCGGCAUCCUGUUCGAAACCAUCGCCGAUCUGCUUGGGGUCAUAAAUGCAAGCAAGAGCGAGGCAGAUAUAAAGGUCAAAUUUGCUGCGGCGCAUUGCCUGGGUGAGGUGUUUGCUACGGCUGGUGAGAGCGCAUUCAUGCAGUCCAACGUUGCAACGUCGGGCAUGCUGAAGCUGCUCAAGUCCGCUAGUAAUCAUACUGGUCUGAGGGGUGUCAUCUUCUCCGUGCUGCGCAAAAUCGUGGUUGGCAUCGGUGUCCCGAUCGACGAAGCGACUGGUCGCGAUAUCUGGAAACAAGCGCGCAAUGCGGCGACCGGUGACAAAUCAACGUUUGUUCAAGUGCAUGCAUGUCGGUGCUUGGAGCAGUUGAUCAAUACGACUCCAUUUUUUGAUAAUGUUAACGACUUUGAGGUGUUGAAGACCAUGAUGUGGAAGGUCAUCGAUAGCCCCACUACGCCGGUUCGACAUGCUGCGGCAGCUUGUCUUGGCCGUGCCUUGAUCAAGCUCCAUGCCAUGGAAACACAUGUUAUGGCAGCCCCCAGGCCCAAAUCGAAGAAGAUGAAGAGGAUGUCUAAGAAGCCGGGUCCGAGACCCGGAGAUGAAGAAGAGGCCGAAAUGUCCGAGUCGUCUGUUGCGCCCAAGAAGCCCGAGUCUCGGCUGUUCUUCCUUCUUCCAGAUCUCUUGCGACAACUUUCUUCACAGUAUUUGAAGAGUACAACUUCUAAUCGCACUCGUGCGGGCAUUUGCAUGUGCUACAAAUAUAUACUGCGCAACCUGGGAGACAAGGUUGUCGAGGAGCGGUAUGGCGAGAUUGCUACAAACCUAUUGGUUGAAUUGCUUAACCACCCGACGGUGACAUACAACCGGUUCCGCCUGCUCAUGACCCGAAAGUUUGUUAAGAGCAUACUCGAAGACACCAUCGGCCGUGAGAUGCUUCAGGAAACUAGCCAGCUCAAUGCCGCGAAGUGGAUUAUCAACAAUAUCCUGAAGGACUACCCGCAAGUGGUCCAAGAACGUCGCGAGCCCAGCAAGUAUACCCUGACCAGUGCUGUUAGUGCUUUAUCGUCCUUGAUCUCAUCACUCGGAUCGGCCUUCGUCGUUUAUGCCGAUAGUUGUCGCGAUUCCUUGCUGCAAGUUUUACCCCAUCCCAGCUAUACAGUCCAGAUCCAUACAGCCCAUUGCCUGCGUAGCUUCGUGCUUGCUUGUCCCCAUCAACUUCUUUCUUGUGUGACUAUUUGCAUGAAUAGCUUGAAUAGGGAGAUCGGGCACCUUGCUACACCACGACAGUCAUCUCGUCGAUGCGUCGGAUAUGCAAACGGCCUUUCCGCGAUGCUAAGUACUUCGCGCUUGCAACCGCUAUAUGGUGCUGUCGAUGUAUUUGCACGCAUCUUCACCCAGGCAACAGAUCUGCUCAAGACCAGCACAACGUCCGAGCUUCGAGCUGCAAGCACGCAAAUCCAGGUCGCGUGGAUCUUGAUUGGAGGAUUGAUGCCAUUGGGACCGAGCUUCGUCAAAAUUCAUCUCUCCCAACUCAUGUUACUUUGGAAGAACGCCCUGCCGAAGCAUUUGAGCAAGGAAAACUCUGCCCAGCCCAGCACUUUAGAGACGAGUUUCCUCGCUCAUGUCAGAGAAUGCGCUUUGAGCGCCCUGCUAGUAUUCAUGGAGUUCAACAGCAAGCUUAUCACAGCAGAUGGCGCGAAGAGAAUUGCUGCGAUGCUGCAAAAUACUGUCGAAUUUUUGGAUGAUCUGCCUCGUCCCAAGUCCAUGGAGGAUAUUUCGCAACGUCUUCACCCUUCUCUACAACUGCAUGACUUCACUACAAUGGUUCGUCGCCGAGUUUUGCAAUGUUUCUCGAAAUUGGUACAUGUUCACCAUCCCAGUCAUGGCGACAUCAUUUCACAAUCUAGUCUGCUCAGUCUUGCUAUCUCUUCCUUUGCGGAUCCAGAUGCUCAGUACAGGCCGCUGGAGAGCUCAAUUGCCGCCUCGACUGGCCAAUUCGAUGGACUGUGGGAUCUUUGCGAUAACUAUGGCUUUGGUGUGACUGGUCUUGCCCGUGAAUAUAUCUGGGCAGCGUUGUCUGGCACCCAUGGAGGUGAAAAUAGCCCUGCUUGGUCCGCAGUUGACUCGGCGGAUGAGUUUGUUGAUGACGUCCUCACAUUCCCUGUAUGCCAAGCAAGCGAGCAUGACUCGGUGCUGCUGUACAGCUUGCGAGACGGCGAUUCCCUCGCUGUGGAUCCACCCACCACUGGGGUUGUUAACUCUGCAAUUGACCUGUUCUCGGUUGCGAUUGCUCUGCACUCACCCAAGAUUCAAGAGAGUAGCGUGGAGCAGAUUGCCACAUUCCUGACAUCUCCAGCUCUUCAAAGAAACCCGGGUCGGAAAGCUGCUUUAGGGGUCAAUAUCGCAAUUGCUCUUUUGCAUGCUCUUAAAGUAGCGGUCAAGGAGACUGACUUUGUGGCUGGAAAAUUGAGCACCUCGACAGACAAGAUCCUACAGGAGCUCAUCCAGAAAUUCACGAUCGAUCCCGACCCUAUUAUUCGAACAAUUGGCGUGGAAGCACUGGGUCGUCUGUGCGAUAGCGCUGGAAAUUCCUGCACUAAUACACAAGUUAAUUGGCUCGUGGACACCAUUGUAGCAAACAGAGAGCCAAAUGCCCGAGCUGGCUGUGCUGCUGCUCUUGGAUGCAUUCAUUCCCAAGUCGGUGGCAUGGCAGCUGGUCUGCAUCUCAAGACGAUUGUUGGAGUUCUGAUGUCUCUUUGCAACGACCCCCACCCUGUGGUUCAUUUCUGGGCCCUUGGCGGACUAGAAAGAGUGGCCAACUCUGCUGGUCUGACUUUCUCCCCAUUCGCUUCCAGCUCAUUGGGUAUGCUGGCUCAGCUCUAUAAUACCGACACACAUAACGAAGAAUGCGCAGUUUUGGCGACAUCUAAUAUUGAAAUGUCCUUUUUGACACCUGUCAUUAUCGGCCGAUGCGUUGAUUCGCUCAUCAAUGUCCUUGGCCCAGAUUUGCAAGACAUUGCAAAGACUCGUAAUCUCAUUCUGACUCUUCUCCGCCAAUUCCAGCUGGAAGAAAAUCCUGCUCUGGUCACCGAAAGCUCCAAGUGCUUGGACCACUUUUCUCUCUAUGCCUCCAGCUAUGUGGAUUUCCCUGGGUACGUUAAGCGCUUGCAGAAAGAGCUCCGUGCGAAAGACUCGUUCAUGCGAGAAGUUGCUGUCCGUGGUCUGAGCAAUCUGAUGAAGCGUGAUGCUACAUCUGUGGUGCAGACUGCAAGCGAGACUCUCGAGGAUGAUAUCUGGCUUGCAUUCGAUGAUGCGCCGGAUAAUAUUCCUAUAAAGACAAUGAUCCAGGAAUGGUUGCAGCAAACUGCCUUUACAGAAACCGAACUGUGGAUUCAACGCUGCCAGAACAUCAUGACCAAGACGCGCAACAAGGCGGAAGUCGCGCCGACUACAGCAAUCCAAACCGCUGCAGCGGAUAUUCCGGACGAUGAAGUUGCAGGUUUUGCCGCAGCAGGAGCUGGAGAUGGUCAAGGCGACUCCACAAACGAAGCUAUCGCAGGCCAGGAAUUCCUCAAGUGGCAGACGCGCAAUUUCGCCAUGUCUUGCCUCUCUGAGCUUCUAGCGACGGUACAAGAAGCAAUUCUUCCUGAUCAAACCAUUCCGGCGGAGCUGGCACUUCAGUCUAAAGUCGGUGACAUUGUGAGAAUGGCAUUUUCAGCAUCGACUGCUAAUGUGAUUGAGCUGCGCGUGUGGGGUUUAAAGAUCAUCGACCAAGUUUUGACCAUGUUUGGCAAAACUCCAGACCCGGAUUUCGCCGAAGCGUCAUUGCUCGAGCAGUACCAAGCUCAAAUUGGUUCCGCGCUCACUCCUGCAUUUGCGGCCGACUCGUCCCCGGAGCUGGCUUCAGAGGCAAUCAAUGUCUCAGCCACAUUUAUUGCAACUGGAAUUGUGACAAAUGUGGAUCGUAUGGGAAGAAUUCUCAAGCUUCUGGUACUGGGUCUUGAAAGAUUUGCGAAAAAUCCAGAAACCACUGAUAUCGGUGAUCUCAAGGGCUUGAACUCUAAUGCUCGAGUGAUGGUCAAGCUAGCGCUGUUCUCUGCGUGGGCUAGGCUGCAGAUUGCCAGUAUCGAGCAAGAAUACCUUAAUCGGGUGGUACAGCCUUAUGUUGCCAAACUAACUCCACUGUGGCUGUCCUCUCUCCAGGAGUAUGCUCGGUUGCGAUUUGAGCCGGAUAUUUCUGGCGCUUUGGGUACGAGCACUCAGAGCAAUGACCUAGACGAGGUUUACGCUGCAUGGAAUCGCGAGACUUUGCUCAAGUUUUACCAAGAUACCUGGCUCAAUCUCGUUGAUGCGAUUGCUGGCUUGGUUGAAAAGGAUAUUGACUUCGUUUUUGAUGCUUUGGACGGCAAGUUGCAGCUGCCAGAGGAGUCCAGUACCCCUGACGAGGAUGAGAAGAAGGAAGGUCAAGAACUUGCCAGGAGGGAUUCUGAAGACAAGGGCCAUGACAUUAACUAUCGCGAAGAGCCUGUUGCGUUCUUCUUCGUCCUAUUCGGCCUUGCCUUUGAGUCUCUUGUCGACCAAGGAACUUCGCCGUCACAGCGCCUCGCGAUCCUCCAGGCUCUCAAGAGAAUUUUGAGACCCAUCAUCUCGGGCAAUGCCAUUUACCAGGAUGCCAUCUUUUCGGAGACCAUGGAUACUUUUGACCGACUUGUUCUGACUGAAAGCACACCCAUUCAGACAGUCAUCGUGGGUAUCGCGCAAAAUCUCUCUCUUGACCAUCCGGCGGCGCAGAGUGACCAGGAGCGAAGCGAUCACCUAUCGGAUGAUAUCGAGCAGCUGUUUGAACUGACUAGAAACAUCAUUCUGGUUCUUGCUGGCAUGCUCCCCAACCUACGUGAAUCGACACCUCUUGCACGAUUCAACGUGUCAUCAGACGAGUCCUUGGCCCUCAUUCGCUUGGCCUUGCGCUCUCUCGUCGAUGUAGCGUCAGUCUUCCCGUCCAUCAUUCGUAAUGACCUUCACGCUUGUAUCCUUCACAUCUUCACCACCAUACUUGCAACUGGAAUCUGCCAAGCCGAAGUUGUACCCCAGGCUCUUCCGAUUUUCCGACAGUUCAUCCAUGGAAUCACCCACUUCUCGGAUGUUCCGGAGGACAUGGACGUGAUAACUUUCCAGAUGCGAGGGUGUCUUACUCGCUUCUUGACCAUUCUCACCAUCGCCCAGCGUCGCGAAUCGGAAAGUUCCAUGCCCUGCGCCAAAAACACGCUCCUGGCCAUUACAUUCCUGAUAACGGCGGGUGGGCAUGUGCUCCCACCGCAGGAUCCACUCAUAAACCGCGUUCUGGACGAACUCCUUGAUUGUCUUCAAGACGUCGGGCUCGCCACUGUAGCUGCCAGCUGCCUUCGUUCGAUCGUCCUUAAGCCCGGCCCCCGCUAUAUGACUGACGAUGUCAUCUCCCGGUACCUUCUUCCGCGGUUAAUCGCGUUCCUUGUUGGUUGUCCAUCGGACUCGGGCGAAAUUCCCACCGACCCAGAGAACUCACGGGCUGUUAUCGCCCGCACGCUCGUGUCCUGCUUGUCCAAUUCGACAUUCUCUCCUACUGAGAUUCCGGCCGCUGUUUCACUCGUGAUGUCUGCGUUGUUGGCCCGUGCUACGCGUGAGGGACAGUCAGUGUACAAAGAAUCCGCUGGCCAUCUGCUUGAAGUGGCCAAAGCAGACCAAGUCAGUUUCCGGACUUUGGUCGCGAAUAUGAAUGCAGACCAAAAGUCGCUUCUGGAGGAGGUCCUUCGCAGUGCGGGUAUUGGAGCCAGCAAUUCAACGGCUGACGAGGCAAAUGAUAAUAUACCGCAAGCUGCGCCGAGUAUCGCACUGCGCAUGGACUUCUAA